AUGUCUAUGCCAGGGGCUUAUCCCACAGCCCAGCCUCGUGCAGCUCGACCCUCCGGCUUGAGCAAUGACGCUACACUACUGGCUGAUGCCUUUGAGGCCAAAAGCGAGCUCUGCAGCAAGGUGGAGGCCCAGAAACUACUCAUAUCCUCAUUGAACUCAACCACGUACUUCCUUAUAGGAUUCCAAUUUCUUCGUUUCACGCAUAGUGCAUGCAUGCCUCCAUCACUAGGACAUUUGUUUAUACAGUUUCUGCUUCAGCCAUGGAGAGCAACUGCGCUAGCACAACCAGACCUUUUCGGAGAACACUUGGAUGCACAGCAGGAAUACUUUCUGGCGGUCCUGCUACCGUUCAACCGUGCGACUGCAGCAAAAAUGCUUCUCAGAAGGACAUGUCUACUCAUAUACUGGAAGUUUGUAGCGGUGGCCUUGUAUCAUAUCUUAUUCUAUAUAUUUUGGCUUCAGCCCGUGGCUCUCCAAGGGAGACUAAGUAGUCUCGAACAUGGAUCUUGGUACGGCUUACUGUUUAUUGGAGAAGAGAUCGCCAUCUCAGUUCUGCUGUCAGAUAUGUUUUUGUUCCAGCUCUUGAAGUUGGAGCUCGUACAAGUAUUAAUGCUUGAUCUUGCCAUUCUCUUAUUGCAAUUGGUGUUGUACCAAUGCAUCUUCAUGCAGUCAACAUUGUCUCCCAACGGAGUACGUCUCAAUGAGCCGGAAGCGUUUAUUCUUCGUGGAGAGCCUGGCGUUCCCACUUCUAAACUAGUCUCACCGGACUUGAUUCAGAUCAGACUAUACGAAUCAAUGCAGAAGGAGGCAUACUCCCUUUCCAUCGACCUGCAUUAA